GCUGAGUGGCGGUGGACUGCUCCCCUCCCUCCUCCUCCUCCCUCCUCCUCCUCCUCCUCCGGUCGGACGGCCACAUUCCCCGCUACCUUUCACCCCGGAGAAGCCCCGAUCUGACGGAUAAGCAGCGCGGACAGAGCCCGGGACAACAUGGCGUCAGGCGUGACCGUGAAUGAUGAGGUCAUCAGGGUGUUCAACGACAUGAAGGUGAGGAAGUCUUCGUCCCAGGACGAGGUGAAGAUGAGGAAGAAGGCGGUCCUGUUCUGUCUGAGCGAAGACAAGAAGAAGAUCAUCGUGGAGGAGGGCAAGCAGAUCCUGGUGGGAGACAUCGGGGACAGCGUGGACGACCCCUACGCCUGCUUCGUCAAGCUCCUCCCCCACAACGACUGCCGCUACGGCCUCUACGACGCCACCUACGAGACGAAGGAGUCCAAGAAGGAGGACCUGGUCUUCAUCUUCUGGGCUCCAGAGGGCGCUCCGCUGAAGAGCAAGAUGAUCUACGCCAGCUCUAAAGAGGCCAUCAAGAAGAAGUUCACAGGAAUCAAACAUGAGUGGCAGGUCAACGGUCUGGAUGAUAUCCAGGACCGCACCACGCUGGCGGAGAAGCUUGGCGGGAACGUGGUGGUGUCUCUGGAGGGGAAGCCUCUGUGAUGUCACAGCGGCGAGCAGAGCGGAGCCACGCCCCCCCCCCCCCUCCCGCUCUGUCCCCGAGGGGUUAGCGUCUCUAGGCCUCUCCGUUUUCUUUUUGUUCGUUUUGCUUUUUCCACGAUGAAGGAGAUCUCAUUAACUUAACGAUAUGCAAGCCCCUCCCACUUUGUUGUUGCCAUGACUUCUGCUCGCCCAGAAGUGACACACACACACUACCAAAACA